AUAUUCCUUUUUUAUUCCCCCCUUUGAUUGAAUUUCAUGAUUUUGUGAAGAGAAAGUGGGGAUUUUUGUGCGGGGAUUUUUCUUUGAUGGGUUCUUGCUGCAGUGUAAAUUUUAUUUUGUGCACUGUACAUCCGAGUGAUAGGCAAAUGUAGCACCUAUGUUGACUUGCUGCUGCUGUUGUGCUGUUCUUAUAUUUGGGUUGCUUCAUUAGUUCAUUCCAUUGUUCUUAUAGGAUCUUGGCUGCUACUGCUGCUGCACUAAAUUAUAGUAUUUUUUCGGUUUUUAUCGGUUUAAACCGAAACCGAACCGUUUUAUCAGUACCGAAUCCUUAUCGGUUCGGUUUCGGUUAAGUGAUAGUAGAAUAAACAAGAUGAAGUUGAAAUUAAAUUGUCAUUGGUGUUCGAAAUAUCUUUUCUACUAUUUGUGGAUCGGAUAAUUUAUUUAUUUAAGUACACACAAGUGCGUGCGAAAAUUGAAUGCAUGUGCGUUGUACCUAUUUUCAAAGUCAAAUCCACCCCUCAAUCUUCAUCCACAUAAAUUCCACGUCACAAAAUCUCAACACAAUAAAUUGCGAGGCCCCAAUUUAUAUUUAUUUAUCUUUCCGAUUGGGCCAGCCAACAACCUUACGCCACGAAAAGACGACAACUUUCUUCAGCCUUCACACGAGAAAUGAAUUAACCAAACAAACAAAAUAAAAAUGGAGCCGCGCAUUUUCGCGGUCAAUAAACCUCCUCCGCCCCUCUGUGCGAUACCCAGAGGAUUUCAGAACCGCCGCAUUAGCUGCGGUCGUCGCCGCGUCUUCACACCGGCCGCCUGCCACCGCUCGUCCACAGAUUCCGGCGGCGAGGCGCCACGACCCAGGCGGCGAGAUGUGCUCAUCACUCCCCUCCUCUCCGCCGCAGCUCAUUACGCCCUCCGGUCGUCGGCGGCGGCGAAGGCCGACGAGAAUCUGGCUCCGAAAUUAGGGGAAGAAGCAGUAGAUCCGCCGCCGCCGCCGGCGGAGGAGGAAGAGGAGAUAAGCUCGAGGAUAUACGACGCGACUGCGAUUGGGGAGCCGCUGGCCCUGGGAAAGGAGAAUCGGAAGAAAGUGUGGGAGAAGAUGAUGGGCGCGCGGGUUGUGUACCUUGGAGAGGCCGAGCAGGUUCCUGUUCGAGACGAUAAGGAGCUGGAACUUGAUAUUGUGAGGAAUUUGAGGAGGAGAUGCGCGGAAGCUGACCGGUCGAUUGCUUUGGCUCUGGAAGCUUUUCCCUGCGAUUUGCAGGUGCAGCUCGAUCAGUUCAUGGAUAAGAGGAUUGAUUUUGAGGCCCUAAAAUCCCGCGUAACACAUUGGCCGCCCCAGCUUUGGCAAGAAUACGAGCCACUACUGACUUUCUGCUUCGAUAAUGGUGUUCGCUUGAUUGCGUGUGGUGUACCGCUUGAGGUAUUACGAACAGUUCAAUCCGAAGGAGUCCACGCGCUUUCCAAAACCAAUCGUUCGGAAUUCGCUCCUCCAGCUGGCUCGGGUUUCAUCUCAGGCUUCCAUUCCAUUUCCAAACGACCAUCUCUAGUGAAAAACUUAUCCAGCCAAUCAGCGCCUUACGGCUCUAAGUCGUACCUUUCGGUACAAGCUAGGGCUGUCGAGGACUACACGAUGUCCCAGAUAAUCUCGCGAGCCGUGACAGAUGGUGGGCCCACCGGAAUGCUAGUGGUGGUGACGGGUGCCAGCCACGUGGCGUACGGGUCGAGGGGGACGGGGUUGCCAGCUAGGAUUUCGAGAAAAAUGCCUAAGAAGAAUCAAGUGGUUGUGCUGCUUGACCCUGAAAGGCAGUACAUACGGAGAGAGGGCGAAAUCCCCAUGGCGGAUUUCUUGUGGUAUUCUGCCGCCAGGACUUGCAGCAGAAAUUGCUUUGAUCGAGCUGAAAUUGCUCGGGUUAUGAAUGCAGCGGGAAGGAGGAGGGAUGCUUUGCCCCAGGACCUACAAAAUGGACUAGAUCUUGGCCUUGUAUCGCCGGAGGUUCUCCAAAAUCUGUUUGAUCUGGAGCGAUAUCCUAUUAUCUCAGAAUUGACGAAUCAUUUCCAGGGAUUCAGGGAGAGGCUAUUAGCGGAUCCGAAAUUUCUUAACCGACUAGCCAUAGAAGAAUCCAUCUCUAUAACCACCACCCUCCUUGCACAGUAUGAAAGGCGAAAGGAGAAUUUUUUCGAAGAACUCGAUUAUGUCAUAACGGAUACCGUAAGGGCAACAAUCGUCGAUUUUUUCACUGUGUGGCUUCCGGCCCCCACAUUAUCUUUCCUCAACAGCUAUGAUGAUAAUAUUAAUAGCUCGGUUAAUGGCAUGAAUGCAUUAAAGGGCCUUCUAGGCUCCAUUCCAGACAAUGCUUUCCAGAAAAAUCUUGGCGGGAAGGACUGGAAUUUGAGUCAAAGGGUAGCCUCGGUGAUCGUUGGUGGUCUUAAGCUGGCUGGUGUUGGAUUUAUUUCGAGCAUUGGUGCGGUGGGCUCGAGCAAUUUGCUGUAUUCCAUCCGGAAGCUUCUGAACCCGACAAUUGGUAGCGGGCAGCUGAAUAAACGGUCGCCUGUACUGAAAACGGCAGUCGUGUAUUCGUCCUUUCUUGGGUUUUCGGCUAACCUGCGUUAUCAGCAAUGGAUCGAUCUGGCAAGAUAUACAGGAGUACAGUCUCGUAAGAAUGAAGAAGUUAGCUUUCAAACUCAAGAUCCUUCAAGUGCUGCCGCAUUAGAAUGCAAUGGCGUAAAAGAUAAUGACAUUGAUGAGACGAACAAGACAGCGUGAUAUUAAGGGGGUGAUUGGAUAUGAAUUCAACUAGUAAAAAACUAGUUAUUUUGUAACUAUAGUUAAGUUUGGAAAAAGGUGGUAUGGUUAGUUGUUAGUGGAUAUAUUAAAAUAAUAUUUAAAAUA